ACUAUGGAACAAAAUAAUCAUCCUUCACAGAAUGACCUUAAUUUCCAAAGGUCCAACUUUGCUGGAUUUAAAACCAAUUUUAAUUUGCCAGAUACUUUUUAUCCACCAACUGUCGUCCAAAACACUCAGUUUCCAUCAAAUAUUAAUGCUAUGAUUGAUGCAGUACCUUACAAUGAUAUCUUGUUCAGCUCUAAUGUUCCAACGUCGUAUAGACAGCAUAUCGGUCCUACUAAUGAGGAACAAACUCCACCAUUGAACACCAAUAAUAACUCUUUGUUUAACGCUAAUUCUCAAUCAAAUAAUCCAGAAAUCUUCAGAUUUCACAUUCCUGGUUUCAAAAUUCUCGUCAUACCUGAUUUUGAAAAUUUAAACAUGAAUAAUACCUCUUAUACUUCCGUGAAUAAUAUCACAAAUAACCCUCAAACGCAAUUUCAACUAUAA